AUGAAAUAAAAUAGAGUUUCUAUAUUGACCAAAUAAAACAUAAGAUAUGAAGGAUCUGUUUAUGCAAUAGACAAAAUUCGAAAAACAGUCUUCCUCAAAGAUGUGAGGUGUAUGGGAACUGAGAACAGGGAAGCUGCGAUAUUCAUCCCUCCAUCAACAAAAAUCACUCAAAUGGCUGAGUUCACAAAUGAGUAGAUUUUGGAGAUCAAAAAAUUAAACACCACUGACUUCCCAGAACAUUUACCCGCUGCCACCAAAGAACAUACUCAAAGUUCUCAAGAUCAGAAAUUGGCAUCCAAAAUUUUAAACCAAAGUUGCACCUACGAAGUCACCAGAUCGCCUCUGCCCAAGAUAACUAUGAGAAAAAAUAGACACUUCCUGUCUCAAAGUCCUGAUCCGAGGAAGGUGGACUAGAAACCUGUUUAUAUUACAAAUAAUUAUUUAUAAUUGAAGAAAAUGGAAUAAUUCAAAAAAAUGCUUAUGUUCAGACAACACAGAUGA